CGAAAAUAAAGUGCGUUUUGACCGUGUUAUUAAAUAAAACGUCUAAAUGGACUAUUUUCAAAUAAAGGAUGGACAAUAUACCAAAACAAUUUAUACAAUGAUAAAGGAAGCUAGAUUCGAAGAUGCAAUAAAAGCUCUAAACGAUGCAAUUAAUUUUAAUCCAAGUCGCGCAGGUUUAUCACUACUUGGAUAUUGUUAUUUCAGAACUCAAGCUUUUGUGGAGGCAGCAAAUUGUUAUGAACAGCUCACGGCUUUGCAUCCAGAUAUUCCAGAAUACAAAUUAUAUUUUGCUCAAGCUUUGUACGAAGCUUCCAUGUUCGAAGAGUCCUAUAAAGUAACAAUGCAAAUAAACGCCCCGGAAUUGGAAAGGAAAGUCGCUAAGCUCCAAUCUGCAAUAAAAUAUGGCGAAGACGAUACUAUAUCAGCUAAAAGUCUUGUUGAUACUUAUCCUCAGGAAGAUCCAGAUAAAGAUAUCAAUCUGGGAUGUUUACUAUAUAAAGAAAACCAAUACGAGGAGGCUUUACAAAAAUUCUCAAGAAGUCUGAACGUAUUAGGAUUCAAUGCCCAUCUUCAUUAUAACAUUGCUUUGUGUUAUUUUAGACUCAAAGAAUAUCCUCAAGCUUUAAAACACAUAACAUUAGUUAUCGAAAGAGGUAUAAGGGAUCAUCCUGAGUUGGCAGUCGGCAUGCAAGCCGAAACGUCUGAAGUUAAAUCUGUUGGAAACACGUUAACACUUCAUGGAACAGCACUAACAGAAGUGUUUAAUCUAAAAGCUGCAAUAGAAUACCAGUUAAAGAAUAUUGAAUCCGCAAGAGAAGCCUUAAGCGAUAUGCCUCCAAGACAUGAGCAUGAACUGGAUGCAGUGACUUUACAUAAUUUAGCUUUGACUUCUAUUGAUUUAAGACCCACGGAUGGUUUUGAAAAAUUACAUUUUCUCUUGCAACAGGAUCCGUUUCCUCCAGAAACCUUUGCUAAUCUAUUACUGCUUUACUGUAAAUUCGAAUAUUUCGAUCUUGCCGCCGAUGUCCUUGCAGAGAACGCUCAGUUCACUUACAAAUAUUUAUCACCAUAUUUGUACGAUUUCCUUGAUGCUAUCAUAACGAGCCAAACUUCUCCAGAAGAAGCCUUUCAGAAAUAUGACGAUAUUGCAUCAAAGCAAUCGGAGCAAUUACGUAAACUAACGAAAGUAGUGCAGGAAAGUCGUGCACAAGGGGACAAUGAUCAAGUAAAAAAAGCCGUUGUGGAAUACGAAGAGGCUUUAGAGAGAUACAUACCAGUAGUGAUGGCACAGGCAAAAAUUUACUGGGAUAUGGAAAAUUAUGGGCAAGUAGAAAAAAUAUUCCGUAAGUCAGUGGAAUUUUGCAACGAAUCUGAUGUGUGGCGACUUAACGUUGCACACGUGCUGUUCAUGCAAGAAAAUAAAUACAAAGAGGCUGCAAGUUUUUACGAACCUAUAGUAAAAAAACAAUAUGAUAAUAUUUUAGAUAUCAGCGCAGUUGUGUUGGCUAAUCUAUGUGUAUCUUACAUUAUGACAUCUCAAAACGAAGAAGCAGAAGACAUAAUGAGGAAAAUUGAAAAAGAAGAGGAGCAGCAAAUCUUUGAGGAUCCACAGAAAAAGUUCUAUCACUUAUGCAUAGUCAAUUUAGUUAUAGGUACUUUGUAUUGUGCGAAGGGAAACUACGAAUUCGGUAUAUCUCGAGUAAUUAAAUCUUUAGAGCCAUUCAAUAAGCGUUUAGGCACCGACACUUGGUUUUACGCUAAAAGAUGUUUCGUAUCGUUUCUCGAGAACCUCGCUAAACAUUUGAUAGUUGUUAAGGAUAACACCAUAAAAGAAUGCUUGCAAUUUCUCGAGGGAUGCGAGACUUACGGUAGAGGUGUUAACACAGUCAUUGAAAGUCCUUUCCAAGAGGAAGAUGCUAAUACUAAAGCUAAGCAAACAGUAACUUAUGAAGCUCGCCUACUGCGCUAUAUGUUUUACAAACUUAGAAACAUAGAUGAUUCUGUUACUAUAAAUAAGUAUGAGGAUUUGAAAUAA